AUGCUCUGUAGAAGCCAAGGACGGCUUCCAAGUCUGGAAGGAAUGGUCAGGAGUGUCUGGGUUCAAUGUCCCGGGAACCAACCGUGGAGAGGUGUCCCAUAUAACCUGGCUACCGCCAGGCUGACACAGCCAGUCAGCAGUGACCUGAAACACUCCUCAAGUGGAAAACAGCGUGUUCUGUAUCUGCACCGCCCAAGUGUGAGAGCCACGGGAGAAGCCGAGCUGUGGAGAGCCUCGGCUUGCGCCCCCGACUCCCCGCUUUCGCCUACGUACCCGCUCAGACCCCGGCUUCUCCGGAUCUCGGGAUCCUGGAAGCGGCUCCCAGCACCGACUCUCACACCCGCCGCUGAGCUCCAGCCAACCGGAACCCACUCGCGUCACUUCCGGUCCGGUCCCCCGAGGAGCCCGCUUCCUAAAGAGAAAUGUUCCACCUUCCUUUUGGCAACCCGAGAGGGUCCUCGCGGGAUUUCAGUGGCGCGCGCGCGAAGCGUGUUUCUUGUUCGGGAGUGGAGAAGCACAAGGCGUGAGCAAGUCCUUAAGGUGCUCUCCAAGUUCUUGAUUAUGGAGUAUUUGGCUCAUCCUGGUACACUCAGCUUGGCUGCUGGAGUUGCUUGUGGCAUGUGCCUGGGCUGGGGCCUCCGGGGCCACCUUGGGAUGUUCCCCCAGAACUCAGCAAGUGAGACAAAUAGAGACGCAGAGACAGGAACCGAAGCAAGCAUCUUGGGAGAGAGUGGGGAGUACAAAAUGAUUCUUGUGGUUCGAACUGACCUAAAGAUGGGAAAAGGGAAGGUCGCUGCCCAGUGUUCUCAUGCUGCUGUCUCUGCCUACAAGCAGACUCAAAGGAGAAACCCUCAAGUGCUCAAAGAGUGGGAGGACUGUGGCCAGCCCAAAGUGGUGGUCAAAGCCCCAGAUGAAGACACCCUCAUUGAAUUACUGACCCAUGCAAAGAUGUUGGGACUGACUGUAAGUUUAAUCCAAGAUGCUGGACGUACUCAGAUUGAACCGGGCUCUCGAACUGUCCUGGGAAUUGGGCCAGGACCAGUAGAAUUAAUUGAUGAAGUUACUGGCCACUUAAAGCUUUACUAGAUGAGCUUUGAUGUGAUGUGAUUGUGUCUGAAAACUGAAGCUUGUCAGUAACAAUAAAAACUUAAUUUUUGCCCCACU